GCCCGGUGUGCCCCCGCCGCCGAUGCCCUCCCCGCCGCCGUCCCGGGGGUUCCUGGUCGGUGGGGCGGCGAUCAGGCAGCGCGUUGAACCCCUAUGUGUCGGUGCCUGGCGGGGUCCUGCCUCCGGAGCCCGUGCGGGGAUGUCUGGGAGACCCCGCGCCGACUGCUGCUCAAACAUCACGUAUGACUGCGUAAAGCAAAUAUGUUGUGUAUCUCAUCUCCUAUCCAUAAUUGGCACAGAGUUGCUAAAAACAAGAGUUGACAUGGAUGAUGAAGACGGCCGGUGCCUGCUAGAUGUAAUUUGCGAUCCUCAGGCCUUGAACGAUUUUUUACAUGGAUCCGAAAAGAUUGACAGUGAUGAUCUCCUGGACAACACAGGAGAUGCAGCCAGUGCCUUUUUUGAAGGUGCUGGGCUGCACGUACAAGAGUCCUCUGGCAACCAUCUGAGCACUGAGCAGAGCCAGCCCACGACCAGCGUGGACCUUGACUUUUUAGAAGAUGACAUCCUGGGGUCACCGUCCAGCAGUGGGGCGAACCUGCAGAACUCAGACCAGCCCUGUGACAUCCUCCAGCAGAGCCUGCAAGAGGCCAACAUCACCGAGCAGACACUGGAGGCAGAGGCCGAGCUGGACCUGGGCUCCUUCCAGCUUCCCACCCUUCAGCCGGUGGUGCAGACAGCCUCCGACGGCACACCGCAGAUCUUCUCCGGCGGAGCCGACCUGAUCGGGCUGCAGCAACCCGCCGUCCUGACGCACCAAGCCCUGGUGCAGCAGUCAGUAGGAGCAGAUGUUGUCAACAAGGCCAUCAGCGUGCAGCCUUUCCUCCAGCAGGUCGGCUUGGGGAACGUCACCAUCCAGCCCAUCUCCAAUCUCCAGGGCUUGCCCAACGGCAGCCCCAGCGGGACACUGGGCAUCGGGCCGAUUCAGGUGGUCGGGCAGCAAGUGAUGGCCAUCAACCAGCCGGCGCAGCAGAUCAUCGCCAAGCAGGUUCAGCCUUCCCAAGUGGCCACCAUGCCCGUCGGCAGUUACAUCACCCAGACGGCGCCUGAGCAGCAGCAGGUCACCCUCGCCUCGACGGGGGUCUCUCCGCAGAGCGCUGGUCUCGUCAUCCAGAAGAACCUGCCGACAGUGGCCACCACGACGCUGAACGGGAACUCCAUGUUUGGGAGCGUGUCCGGGACUCAAGGCUCCCAGCCGCUCACCGUCACCUCGAACUUGAGCAGCCCCUUGGUGCAGGCCCAAAACGUCAUCAUUCACAGGACGCCCACCCCGAUUCAGCCCAAACCCGCCGGUGUCCUCCAGCAGAAACUGUACCAGAUCACCCCCAAGCCCUUCGGUUCCAACAACACCACCCUGACCAUCCAGAACGAAGCUGCCCUGCAGCAGCAGAAGGCCCAGCAGAACCUGACCUUCAUGGCCAGCAAACCCGGGCAGAACGUGGUGCUGUCGGGCUUCCCCCAAGGGCUUCCAGCCAAUGUCUUCAAGCAGCCGCCGCCGCAGCAGCAAGCCCUCAGCAAGCCCAUGAGCGUCCACUUGCUGAACCAGGGCAGCAGCAUCGUCAUCCCCGCCCAGCACGUCCCACAGGCCAUGCUGCAGGGCCAGAACCAGUUCCUCCUCCCCGGGCAGCUGGCGGGCGCCUCCACCGUGCAGAUACCCCAGCAGCUCUCCGCCUUGCAGGCCAACAUGGGAGGGCAAAUCCUGACCACCUCCCACCCUGGCGGGCAAGCCCAUAUCAUAACUAGCCAAGGGCCGGGCGGACAGCUGAUUACCAACCAAGCCUUGCCGGCCCAGAUCCUCACCAACCAGAACAUCGCCAGCCAGCUGAACCUGGGCCAGGUGCUCACCUCACAGAAUGCCCACGGCACUGCUCACAUACUCUCAGCUCCCAUCCAGCUCCAGCCCGGCCAGGUGGGUCAGCCGGCUCUCUUCCAGAUGCCCGUUUCGCUGGCGGGCAGCUUGACCACCCAGAGCCAACCCUCGGUGGCCGCCUCGCUGGGCCAGACGGGGCAGACAGUGAUCCAGGGGGUGACGCUGCCCAACCAGGUGGCCAUGCUCAAUGCCACCGAGAACCUCGGCCAGGCGGUGAGCAUCCAAGCCUCCGCCACCACCAGUAGCCAAAGCCCCGGCCUCGUCCAGCCGCAGUCUGCCUCGGGGGCCAGCCUGCUGCCCAGUGCCGACCAGUCCUCCAUCCUCACCGUCCAAACCGCCUCCCAGCCGCCCGCUCCGCUCCAGCUCAACGUGCCGCCGCCGCCGCCACCUCCGCCGCCUGCCCAGCAGCCCGUGACUUCCCAGCCCAGCCCCAGCUUGGCCUCCAGCCCGGAGAAGAUCAUCCUGGGGCAGGCAGCUGCCGGAGCCGUCAUCAACCAGGACUCCAUGCAGAUGUUCCUACAACAGGCAAGUAGAGCCCCUCUGGGUGGUAGCCGCGGUGUUUGCAGCCCGUUGGGUGUUUGGAGACUGACACCGAGCGUGGCAGACCCUGGAGAGUCCCGCUUUUGGGCUUGCUUUACACAGCGUACGUGCUAGAAGUGCUCCCCUGUCACCUUAAUUCUUUCCAUGUUGUCUUCCCGCCAUAGGGCAAUUCCCUUCCUCAGUAGGUGUUUACAUUUAAAGUUGCCAGGAGCAAUGAGCGGGGCUCGGGGCUGCUCUGCGUGUAGUCGAGUGCCAUCACCUUGCCUUUGGAAUGAUGAGCUAGCAGUGGGUCUGUCCAGGUCACCAAAGCCACCACCGUGGCACAGAGGGGUCAGCGUGGACUCAGUGUCUGCCUCCUCCCCAUGCUCCGUCUGCAGCUUGGGGUCAAGCUCAGCCCAUGGCAUCGGCCCUGCUUUCCCGCUUAGGGUUUUCUACCCUCAUUAGCUCAAGUCAGGCCUUUAAAAAUAAUUGAGUGACUCUAGAAGUGACAACAGCAGCCGGGUGCAACGUGCAGCAUCUCGUCGCAAGAGUCCCUGCUGCGGAUGUGUUGGCUGCAACCCACCCGUGUACCAGCAUGAGGAGGUUGGGCUCGGUCCAGCAAGGGCUGCGGACAUCUCAUCUGGCCUUACCUACAUUGGUAAAGGGUUUGGUGACAUUUUAGAUGCCAGAUUUGAACCGUUGUGGCUUUUCUUAAACUUAUAUUCAUAAAGGUGGGUGCUGGUCCAUAACCUGCCAAAGUCCCUGAAUUAUCCGAGAAAGAAAUGGGAAGAGAGCAAGCGCUCUAUUAGUUUAUCAUUAUUAUUUUAAUAGUGGAAAGCUUUAAAAUUCUCUUUUGAACUUAUUUGGCGUAACUAGUAGCACGGAAGCAUCUUUCGAGGUAUUUGGGCUUGAUGUUGACAGUCACCUCCUGGUAUUUCAGCAUAAUUAAAACCAGGCGUCUUCCUGUGACUAAACGGUUACAGUUUAAGAAACUCGCAACCCCCCCUGAGAUUUGGAAAUAGAGACAACCCUUCCCAGAAAUAGAGAAAACCCUUCCCGCUCUCGGGAGAAGCCGAUGCACAGGGCUCGGCACACACAGUGUACCCCGGCUCCACCGGCAUUGUCUCUAUUUGCCAUUUAAUGCAGGUUUCGAUGCCAGGUAGAGUAUUAAUGCUUAGUCAUAACGGUGCGGGGGUUCUCCUGCAUGUCACGGUAGGUUUUUUGCCGGGACGUACCUAAAUCUGCGAUUGUGUUAAAUAUUGCUGCAGUUGCGUUAUUGGACUGUGAUCAGACACGAUGGGUCCCUGUGCCUUCCCCUGCAAAGUCCCUCUCCUGCCUCCAGAGAGAGCUGUUCUCCUCACUGUCCGUACCAGGACUGUCCUGCCUCUCCUGCCAGCUACCAGCCGUGGAAGACGCGGUGCCUGCGUCCAGGACGAGAGCAGCCAUGGUUUUCUCUUCGGCAGCCGCCUUGCGGCGUUGCCGAUGAAGUAGGCGUAGCAUGCCGGGAUGGAUGUGGCGAGAGGCAGGCAGAGGAGGAGGAGAAGGACCCGUAAACGUGGUCACUGCUAAAUGUUCCCCGUGUGCAUCGCAUGGUGCCGUACAAAAACUGAUCCAGCAACAGAAAACCAUGCACUGCAGUGCAUUGUGUGUGCUACAGCAGAGGGUUUGGGUGCUGUCAGAUAUCUCCCGGCAUUUAUUUUUGCCCUGCUUAUCUUUAAAGCUUCCAAGCUCUUCCUGCGGUCCGGUUUUCUCCACUGAACCUACACGUAGCCGACGAAAGGGUCGUGGUUUUGCUUUCAAAGCGAAGCAGCCAGGUUUGCUCCGCUCACGUUGACGGAACGGAGAGGGGAGAAGUCCUCCGAGCAUGGCAGGAUGCUCUCUCCUUGCACCUGGCAGCUCGGCACCCAGAAUUAAGUGGACGUUAGUAAUUUAUCGUUUGGCAAAGGCAAGCUGCUGCCUGGCCAGCCAUUCGGAGAUUUUCAGCCCUUACACCCCAAAACCACAACUCACAGCCCUGGGCGUGCAGGAUGGGCAAGCUGUGGCCAAAGUCAGGGGGCUGCGGGUGUCCCCUCUGCCCAGAGGUGGUGAUGCCCUCCAGCUCUCCCGCGGCUGGGCUGUAGCUCUCUUCCCCCUGCCAGCCGCCCUGCCGUCCAUCCCUCUGUCCGUCCAUCUCCCCUCCGAGCUCCAGCUACUCCCGCUUGCUUGCCUGCAGGUCCUCACUAACCCUGAAAGCUGCUGCCGCCCUGCGUUGCUUUUUCUUCUCAUCUCCCUUCACACUCGCAAGCUGCUGUCUGGUCCACUUUUGUCCCUGCCAGAGGCUUCAUUACUUUUUUUUCCUCCCAAUUCUUUAUAUUUCCAUGGCGAUUGGUAGUUGCGAAGUACUAUAAUUAAUCGGAGGGAUAUUUUGAGGCACAGGGAGAGCGCAGCGCCUGGGGUGAAUCUCUCCCCAGAAGUUUAAACAGCGGGAUGCUGAGCAGGAGCUCACAGCAGCGAGGGCUGUUAGGGCUGUCCUUGUUAACCCUCGGCCAGCUCUGGGGAACCGAUGGC